AUGAAAUCUCUUACAAAAUCACUUAAUAGUGCAACUAUAAAAUCAACUUCAUCCAUCAAGAACAAGCCAUCAAAUAGUUCUGCUUUGAACUCGAGAGUAAUAAACUCGGAAGUAUAUGAUGGUUUGAUAGAGGAUGAACAGAGUUCUUACGAUCUUAAUAUAAAAGACAAUACUACACUUAAAUCUGACAAUAAUACUCCAGAAAACAGCUCAUUUAGUAGUUCCUAUGAACACCAAUAUUCAGAUCAUAGUGAUUCUGAUGAAGAAUCCAGUAUUGUAGGUUCAUAUUUGAGUUCAAGUAGUCAAUUUGAUCAACUUAAGGAUUUGAAACCUAUGGACACAUACUCUUGGCUAAAAAAUCAUGGCUUUAUAACACUAUCAAAUAAAGUUAUUAGGGAUGCGAAUAAUGCCACUACAACAAAGAUAUCUGAUAAAGUUCUAAGUCUCUAUGAGUAUGAUAAUUCGAUUGAUAAUAUAUCAAAGGAUGCAAUUAAUAGCUUAUUUAUGUUAACUUUGAAAGAUGAUAUACCAGCAGAUAUUGAGUAUUCUGUUUCUAGCAAGGAUAUAUCAAAACCAUUAACACUAAGAGAUUUAUCUAUGAGUCAUUUAAGUUUAACUGCAGAAGGAAUACCAGAGUCUAAAACCCAAGAAGAUGAAGAAGAAACAAUUUAUGAUAGUCAAUCUCUAGUUACAAGCAGAACUAAUGAAACUUCAAUUACUCAUAAAACUUCAUCAAAUAUAUUUAUAACCCCUAAACUUAUGAAUCGUUUGGAUAUUACUGAAGGUGGGAUUUCUGGUGAGAAUGCUUUAGCCUUUCAAAAAUAUAUCCGUGAUUUGCAGGAUGAAGUGAAGAUGAAGGAUGAGAAACUUAGACUUAGAGAAAUGGAAAGAGAUAAUGCAAGGUUAACUAGAAAUCAGCUUACUAGAGCUGUUAGAGCUUCACUUCAAAUUGGUCAUGGUGCAGGUAGGUUACAUAUAUUAAUAAUGAACAUCCGUAAGAAGCUUUUAGGUUAUGGUAUGAGAAUGAUCCUAUAUAAUUCUAAACUACCUAUUAGGAAUAGAAAUGUUUCUCUUAUAUCUGCAGCAGCUUCUGUUCUAGAAAAUGUAGUUUUAAGACGUUUAAGAGUUUUCUUUGUACUAUUAUCAAGUCAUAGGAACAUCAAAAGUAAUGAUGAUACUACUAGUGCAUCUAUUGCUUCUAAAGAAUUGGUUAUAACUCGUCUUAUUCAUACUUUAAAGUUGAUACUACCAGCUUUUAAGCUGGUUACAAUAACUAGAUAUAAUCAUCACUCUGCAAUGAAAAAGUUUUUGUAUAUUUGGGCGAAAUGUUGUUUACUUAGAGAUAAUGUUGAUGAAUCUGAAUAUAUUUAUGUGGAUAUAUCUGAAAGACUCCCUACUAUACUUUCUCUAUAUAAAAUUAAGACAACAUCUAAAUUAAAGCUUCAAAAAGAUCGUAAAAAAGUUAAUAAAAUUAAAAAUAUUGAAAAUAAAUCUAUUUCAUCUUCUUUAAUACUUCAGAAAAAUAUCUCUACUUCUUUUGAACCCAAUUCUUAUGAAUCAAAAACUUCGACAGAAAAACUCACACAAAUGUUAUCAAAGUAUUCUCUUGAACCACUUAGUUACCUUGACAUGAUAAGAGAGAGAGAAAAAGAACGUGAAGAAGAAGAUCAAAGUCGUAUUAAGGCUUUAGAUCAUUUAUCUAACAUAAUAAAAACUUCUCUCAUCAAUGAAUUUGGUUUACAAGAAAAUUUACAAACUGAAAUGAUUAACAAAACAGAACAUGUUAUUCAGAGAUUUAAAAGUAGAUUUACAAGUUAUUUCGAAAACUUAGCUUAUGAAUCACAAAAAAUGAAUAUUGUUGAAGAAUUAAGAAAUAUUUCUGAAAACAAAUUUGGACAGCCUAUAGAAGUACCAAAGUGGCUAAAGAAACAACAUAUAAGUCUUCUUGAACAGUUCUAUUCCAAUCCAUUUUAUCCUGUUUUUGUAAAUACUUAUAAUAAAUUACUUCAAGAUCCAGAUGUUUAUGAUAGUUCUGAAGAAUCAUUAAGUGCAAGUCUUGAUCUUGAUGAGAUAUCUUCCAACCAUUUAGAAAUAACCAAAAAAUAUAAAACCACAAAUUUUGGAAUUACAUCAGAACAACACAUUAUAGAAGGAUCAAUUAUACCUACUGCAGAAAUAGGAGUACAAUCAAAUUUACCAAUAAAUCCAAGUAUAAUAGAAUUAAAUAAAUCUCAAAAUGACCAAACUGAAGACACUAAAUGUAUAUUAAACCCUAUUAAUGAACCUUUAAUAAAUGUUUCUAUUGAUCCAACCAAGAAAAUAUCUGAUCAAAAAUCUGUAGAUAAUUGA